AUGUUCUAAAAUAUAAAACAUUUAAGAAAAGUAUUAUUGUCAUCAGCAAUUCAAAAUGGUACAUCAAUAUAGGAUUUUGUAAGUAUUGUUCCAGCAACAUUAAUUAAAAUAGGAUUAAGAUAAAAUUCACUUGAAUUGUUUAAUAGUCUAAGAGAUCGAUUAAAUUUUUGUAAAUAUGAAAUGAUUACUGAUUAAAGAUAUCUUAUGAUUUAUGUUUAGACAUCUCAUAUUAAUCAAUUUAUAGAUAUACAAUCAUAUGAUCAUGUUAUAGAUAAUCAAUUUAAUGAGAAUUUAAUAAAUAGUCAUAUGAUAUGGUUAUCAUAUCAUUUAUAAUAAUAGAAUAGAAGGAUUACAUAUGGCCUUUAAGAAACUUAGAAUCAGUUUGGUACAAAAAUGUUUUAUAUCUCAACAUAAAAUAAAUAUGUGCAAAUACUUAUAUUUUAUCAAAAAUUCAAUCUAUAUAUUUCUGAAAGAACUCUAUAUGAAAUGCUCAAAAUAAUCCAUAAACAUUAAUAAAAUUAUCUUAUAGAAGUUGAUAUCCUUUAUAUUUUUAAUAAAUCAUUGAUAAAUAAUCCAACAUGUUGUAAAAUGAUCUAUUAUUCUUAGAAAUACAAAGCAAUAUUUCUUCAUUGA